AGGAGAGACGCGCCCUGUGCCAUGCUGAACAACUCUCCGACUCUCCUGCUGGCUCUGACCGCGGUGGCCGCACUUCUCCCGCGAUGCCAAGGCUGGAGCGACGAUGACCUGCUGCUGCCGCCCAUCAACUCCUCCAACAGGUUCCUGGCCAACCUGGAGGUGGACGUACGCUUCUCCAAGAGGUCCGUGGAGGAGAGCGACGCCUCGGCCGACGCCUCCUCCCUACAGACUCUGUCCCAGUGCAACGUGAGCGUCCAGCGGCUGCUGCCCACCUCGCUGGUGGCGCGCUGGGACAGCAGCUUCGGCUUCCAGUGCGACGUGCUCAUCUACACCACCAACAACCACGGCAGGGCUUUUUUCUCCGCCUCUUUCAACCGGGCGAUCUCGCCGGUUGUCAUCGAGCACCUCGGGGUCACCGGGGGUCAGCAGGAGCUGCGACUGUGCGUCGGCUGCGGGAUGUCCCGGUACCGGAGGUUUGGUCAGGGCAGGCUGCGGGGCCAGCAGAGCGGCGAUCAGGUCACUUUCUGCUGCGUGGAUUUCAGCCUCGACGAGCUGAAGGGGGACAAAAGUUGGAGGCUGAACAGAAAACCCAUCGAGUCGACACUUGUGGCUUGUUUCAUGACUUUGGUCAUCAUUGUGUGGAGUGUUGCUGCUCUCAUAUGGCCGGUACCGAUCAUUGCAGGAUUUCUGCCUAAUGGGAUGGAGCAGAGGAGACCGAGAUAAUUGAAAUAAUCAUCAUAAUUAUAGCCUGUGCUGCCUAUACUAUAAUUGUAGCCAUUCAAUUGUUCACAUGAAUGAAUGAUUGCGGAGAACUUUAUGAUCAGAUGCUUUAGUUUGGGGUGUUCUUUGACCCUUCCUCAAGGUAAAGUAUGAAGGAUUAUUAUACUAGCCAAUCUAUACUGGGACCAAUGUGUUUUGUAUACCCGUGUAGGCCUUCCUAUAGAUUAUGUCAGCGUAAACUGUGCAAAACUUUUCUCUAUUUAAACAGUGUUUGUAUAGUUUUUAAUCUUUAUAGAAAGUUUUUUGCCUUAUCUCAUGUGUAGGACUUUUGCACUGACAACGGUGCGUAAAUUGUGCCGUCACAUCCAGUAUACAGUAUCUAACCUAUGGUCAUGCUCAUAUAGAAGUCAGUGUAAUAGGGUUUUUUCCAAUAAAUUCUGACAAAUAGAUGUUGUUUAUGACUGAUAUAGAGAAAAUUUCAAUACUUAUAUUGUUAGAUUUCUACUGUCAAGUUCAAUAUAAGUGUUUAUUUGUAUUAAUGUUCCAGCGGUUUAAAUGGAAAUAAAAAUCGAUUAUAGGCUAUAGCCUAUCA